CCCACCCGCUGCUGUGACUCGCUGCUCUCGGCCCGCGGGAUCUCGAGCUCUUCUCGCGAGAUCGUCACCAUCCCGGAGUCAGCUGUGGUGGCCUCUGACUGGGCGUUAAGUGUGCGUUCGUUUUGGGGCACCUCUGGAUCUGGCCCAGAGGCAUUAAGGUAUACAGAAAAAUGGAGUAUAUGACAGAAUCCAUCAACCGUACACCUGGACACAUCCUGUGCUGCGAUUGUGGUGUCCCAAUUAGUCCAAAUCCUGCCAAUAUUUGUGUGGCUUGUCUGCGAAGUAAAGUAGAUAUCAGCCAAGGCAUUCCAAAACAAGUUUCUAUAUCUUUCUGCAAACAGUGCCAAAGAUAUUUCCAGCCACCAGGAACUUGGAUACAAUGUGCAUUAGAAUCCAGGGAACUUCUUGCUUUGUGUUUGAAAAAAAUCAAAGCUCCUUUGAGUAAGGUACGCCUUGUAGAUGCAAGCUUUGUUUGGACUGAGCCCCAUUCUAAGAGACUUAAAGUUAAACUGACUAUUCAGAAAGAGGUAAUGAAUGGUGCUAUCCUUCAGCAAGUGUUUGUGGUGGAUUAUGUUGUUCAGUCCCAGAUGUGUGGAGAUUGCCAUAGAGUGGAAGCUAAGGAUUUCUGGAAGGCUGUGGUUCAAGUCAGGCAAAAGACUGUGCACAAAAAAACUUUCUACUAUCUGGAACAAUUGAUUUUGAAAUAUGGGAUGCAUCAGAAUACACUUCGUAUCAAAGAGAUUCAUGAUGGUCUGGAUUUCUAUUAUUCCUCAAAACAACAUGCUCAGAAGAUGGUAGAAUUUCUUCAGUGUACAGUUCCCACUAGGUACAAAGCCUCACAGAGACUGAUCUCUCAGGAUAUCCAUAGUAACACAUACAAUUACAAAAGCACUUUUUCUGUGGAAAUUGUUCCAAUAUGCAAGGAUAACGUUGUUUGUCUGUCUCCAAAACUGGCACAAAGCCUGGGAAACAUGAACCAGAUUUGUGUAUGUAUUCGAGUUACCAGCGUCAUCCAUCUCAUAGAUCCAAAUACCCUACAAGUCGCAGAUAUUGAUGGGAACACUUUCUGGACUCACCCUUUCAAUAGUUUAUGCCACCCCAAACAGCUUGAGGAGUUCAUUGUUAUGGAAUGCAGCAUAGUCCGAGAUCUAAAACGCAGUGCAGGUGCAGGAAUGAUAUCAAAAAAGCAUACCCUCGGGGAAGUCUGGGUACAGAAAACAUCUGAAAUGAAUACAGAUAAACAGUAUUUUUGUCGCACUCAUUUGGGACAUCUUCUAAAUCCUGGAGACCUGGUAUUGGGGUUUGAUUUGGCCAACUGUAACUUAAAUGAUGAACAUGUCAACAAAAUGAAGUCAGAUAGAAUCCCAGAUGUUGUAUUAAUCAAGAAGAAUUAUGACCGUACCAAACGUCAGCGUCGUAGAAACUGGAAACUGAAAGAACUUGCAAGAGAUAGAGAAAACAUGGAUACAGAUAAUGAAAGGCAAUACCAGGAUUUCCUUGAAGAUCUUGAAGAAGAUGAAGCAAUUAGAAAAAAUGUGAAUAUUUACAGAGAUCCAACCAUUCCUGUAGAAAGUGAUACAGAUGAUGAAGGAGCACCUCGAAUUAGUCUGGCUGAGAUGCUUGAAGACCUUCAUAUUUCUCAAGAUGCUACUGGUGAAGAAGCCAGAUCUGCACCUGGAGCUGCUGUUGUAUAGGCAAAAGUCACUUGAUGAACAGGGAUACAGUUGAGGGGAGAGAGUUGCUUCUGUAGUUCAGAGGUUUAACAGCAUUAAGCUAAUUCCUUGCCACAGUAGAACCCAGAAUUCCCAACUUUGUGCUUAGACACACUUCCCUGGUCAGUGCUGAGUAAGUGCUAAGAGUUUUCCCAUGACUCUUUAUAAUUUUAGUAAAUGUUUCAUGUUGAUUCCCAUACUUUAGAUAACUUGAUCUGUUAUUUUUAACCCGAAGAAUAUUUACUUUUAAAGAUAAUUUAUUUUUAGUUUUGACAUAAUUUCAGACAAAAGUUGUAGAAUAUUCCAGAGAAUUCCUGGAUCUUCACUGGGAUCUGCCAAAUGUGAAUACAACCUCAUUUUCUUUUCAAAAAACUUUUUAAAAGUUUUAUUGAAGUAUAGUUGAUUUACAUCUUUUCUUCUCUUUAUUUUUUUCCUGAGCCAUGUAAGAGUAACCCCCUAAAUGUUUUUUUCCUCCUCCAAAACAAGGAAUUUGUCUUAACGUCACAUUACACAUGAUCAAAAUCAGAAAAUUAACAUUGACACAAUAUUGUUAUCUGAUCAUUGGACCACACUGAGAUUUUGUCAGUUUUCCCAACCUUAAAAUCUUUUUUAGAAAAAAUAUCUAAGAUUGUGUGUUGCAUUGGGUUCCAAUAUCUCUUUAGACUUCUUUCCUCUGGACCAGCUCCUGAGAUUUUUUUUUUUUAAUGUAAUUAACAUUUUCAGAGAGUAUAUAAACCAGUUGUUUUGUAGGUUUGUCUUAUGGUUUUUCUCCUGGUUAAAUUUAUUUUAUUUAUUUAUUUAUUUAUUUAUUUUAAAAGGUGGUUGAUGUUUAUAGUAAUGGAAUAGCACAGACCCUGAGGGCCUUAACUAAUUGGUAUUCACAAACAUCCUCAGACUGAAACAUCCCCUGCCACUGAAAAUCAUUUGUAACGAGAUGAAACAUUUUAGCAACAGUUAUUUUUUUGCAGCAAAAGUAAACAACAGACAAACAAAGAAGGUAGAAAUUAAGUAAUCAUAAAAUGCUCCCUUGGUUUUGGAAUAAAGGUAUCAUGGACAGCAAAUGUGUGUUUGUCUAUGUAAUUUCCUUGCUUGCAGAUUUUCAAUGAUUCUGCAGAAUAAAUCCAAGCUCCUUGGUUUGGACAUAAA